AUGUCGUUUACUGGGAAGGAAGAGACGGUGGCUGCAGUUACCGGAGACCGCAGAACACCCGAAUCACGAACUAAAGGGCAGAUGACUGAUGUGCUGAUAGCCUGUGUCGGUAAGGCUUCAGAGGACUGGAACCGUUAUCAUAUGGCUGCUAGAACAGUACUUACCUGCAAUAUUGUCACUCAGAUUUUUCUGAUCAGCGAAUUUAUAUUCUCCAAUUGCCUAAACAUGGUGGAGAAAUUUAAAGAUGCCCUGGAGCUUGGCGAAAAGGAUUCAGAGGAUGGGAAAUUGGGGAUAUUGGUGGCUUCUUCUGCUAAUAAGAUCUUUCAGCAGAAGACUGCGUUUGAGACAGAAGCCACCAAGUUCCAAUUACAACUGGGAACCCCCAAAACCAAAUAUAUUUUCCUGAACCCUGAAUUUCAAGUUGGAAUCCAGAGGCAGACUUCUUACCUACCUUUCUGCAGUGCAGAUGGCAUCCCACUGCCUCAGAAGGUUCUCUUCCCAGCGGAUAAGCUGGCUAUGAAUUGGGAGAGAGUUUCCAGAGUGGGAGCCGGACUUAAGAAUCUGGGGAAUACCUGCUUCUUAAACUCUACCGUGCAGUGUCUCACCUACACCCCACCUCUGGCUAACUAUCUGCUCUCUACAGACUAUACCUGCAAUUGUCAUCAGGGUGGAUUCUGUAUGCUUUGUGUAAUGCGGAAUCAUGUCAUCCAAGUCUUUGAAAACAGCGGAAGCGCCAUCAAACCUGUUUGCUUCACCCGAGACCUAGAGACAAUUGCUCCACAUUUCUGUCUUGGAAGUCAAGAGGAUGCACACGAAUUCUUAUGCUACACUCUUGACUCCAUGCAAAGGGCUUGCCUGAAUGGGUACGACAUGUUGGACCGCCAGAGUCAGGCAACCACCUUGGUUCACCAGAUCUUUGGUGGCUAUUUACGUUCUCGUGUGGAGUGUUCUGUGUGUAGGAGUGUUUCUGACACAUACGACACCUAUCUGGACAUUGCACUGGAGAUCAAGCACGCAAAAAAUGUUGACCGUGCUCUGGAAUUAUUUAUCAAGCCAGAAAUUCUAAGCGGAGACAAUGCAUAUAUGUGUGCACAAUGUAACAAAAGGGUUCCAGCUAGCAAGAGUUUCAGUAUCCACCGAGCCUCAAACGUCCUGACCCUGUGUCUAAAGCGGUUUGCCAACGGAGAUAAGAUCACUAAGUGCGUGGGUUACUCGGAAUUGCUAAACAUCCGUCCAUAUAUGUCCCAGAGUACUGGAGAGCCUGUUCUGUAUGGACUAUACGCUGUCCUGGUGCAUUCUGGGUACAGCUGCCAUGCAGGACACUAUUACUGCUAUGUAAAAGCUAGUAAUGGGCAGUGGUAUAAGAUGAAUGAUUCCCGUGUUCAUGCCUGCAACAUCGAGGUUGUGUUGAACCAGAAAGCUUAUGUCCUGUUUUACGAAAGGAUUCCAGAAUCCAGGAAACAUGAUGCUUCUGUGUCUAAAGGGAAGCUGAGUGAAGCCAGUGCUCUAAAAUCCACUUCAGCCACUCUGACAAGUGGACGUGAGGCCUUGAUCACCAUGUCACCCCCCUCUGCCAAAUAUCGAGUAACUGCCAAAAGGGCUAUCAAGCGGGGAAGGAGAGGAAGGAGAGGAAGGAGAAAUCACAUUUCCAGACCGCGCCAUGAGAGUUUGGGAUACACCCAGUCUGCUGCAGCUUCUUCUGGAACUUGUAGUAACUCCUAUAAAAGCAAAACUCCAGAAGCCAAUACAAAGCAGAUAGAGAAAGAUCCAGGAGUAACCCACCCACCCAGGAAACAAAAUGGGAUAAAGGAUUUAAAACAGGAUUCCUCUUACGUGGAGAAAAAGGGGAAAAUGGACUGUGAUACCAGGUUGGAGCAGUCCAGGAGUCCAGUCAAGGGCGUCACUUCCCCAGAACCAACAGACACCAAGAAAGCUGCCCAGAAGACCGUAACACGUAGCAAAAGCCAUCCGCAUGCAUCACACCAAAGCUCUCAAAAGAAAGCGUGUGAGGCAACGAAGAAGAAAGAAAGUGGCAAGCUUUUGAAAGAGGAGAGUCAGCCAAAUAAGGGACGUGAUGCUGCUAGAGGUCAGAGACUCGUAAAACGAGAAGAAACUACAGCCUCCGUGCUUGCGCGGGACAGCCAGGGUGGUCACAAGAGUCAUAAGCACGCUUCCAACGCGGAGAAGAAGCUGCCCCAUACAUCGUAUGGGGCCAGAGUGCUACGUUGGCUGUUGAGAUGCUGUUUACAGUGCUGGGGAUGCUAA